AUGGAAGCUGAGAAUGUCACCUCUGUUAAGGAGUUCAUCUUACUUGGACUAACCAACCGAAGAAAAAUCCAGCUUUUCCUUUUUGUGAUCAUUCUCCUUGUCUACAUGCUUACAGUUUUGGGGAAUCUCCUGAUCAUCAUCGUAGUGCAGAUUGACAUUCAACUCCACAUUCCCAUGUACUAUUUUCUCUCACAUUUUGCAGGGAUAGAAAUAUGUUAUGUCACCAGCACCAUGCCCCUCAUGUUAACCCAUCUCUUGACUGGAAAUGGGGUCAUCUCUUUUGCACUCUGCAUCAUCCAGAUGUAUGUCGCAUUGACCAUGGGGAGCAUGGAAUCCUUCCUCUUGAGUGUCAUGGCCUAUGACCGCUACUUGGCCAUCUGCUGUCCACUAAUUUAUGCUACUGCCAUGUGCAAGCAAAACCAGUGGCACUUUGCUUUAUCCUGCUGGGUAAUUGCUCCUGUGCUCUCCGCCAUCUGUGUUAUCUCUCUUGCUGGCCAAACUUAUUGUGGUCCCAACCAGAUCAACCACUUCAUAUGUGAGAUGCCAGUGGUGAUGAAACUUGCAUGUAGUGAUACACAUAUAGUCAAGCUUGUGAAUUUAGCUAUAGGAGCAUUAGGCAUUCUGGUUCCUCUAUCGGUCAUUCUGACCACCUAUGGGUGUAUACUUUACUCGGUCUCACAUAUGAAGUCAAACAUUGGACUGCACAAGGCUUUCUCUACCUGUGGUUCCCAUUUGAUUGUGGUUGUUUUGUUUUAUGGGACGAUUAUCUGUAUGUAUAUGAUUCCAAAGUCAGCAUCAUCUCUUGAUCAUGAUAAACAAAUUGCAGUCUUCUAUGUUGUGGUCACCCCUCUGCUCAACCCCAUUAUUUAUACCUUGAGGAAUAAGAGCAUACAUAGGGCAGCAUCUAAAAUAUUGUGA